AGAAACAAGAGAAGAUGAACACAUUAAAAAGAUGAAGGAACAAGUUUUAAGGUUCACACUUGUGUUCUUAUUCAUCUGUGUCUGUGGAGUGAUUGCAGAUCCUCCAGAGGAUCCAAUCCAGUGUGCUUCAAAAAACACAAAAUGCACCAUCACCAACACCUAUGGCAUGUUCCCCGACCGAGCCACUUGCAACGCCUCCGAGGUUGUCUACCCCACCUCGGAGGAGGAGCUGGUCGCCGCUGUGGCAUCAGCUUCCAAGAACAAAAGAAAAGUGAAAGUCGCAACACGCUUUUCCCACAGCAUAACCAAGCUGGCUUGUACUGACGGCGAAAACGGGUUGCUGAUAAGCACUAAGAAUCUAAACAAGAUACUGAACAUCGACGCGAAGGAAGGGACAAUGACGGUGCAGAGCGGCGUGUCGCUGAGAGAGAUCAUGGCGGCGGCCGCCGAUGCUGGUUUGGCCUUGCCCUAUGCGCCAUACUGGUGGGGUUUGACGAUUGGUGGAAUGAUGGGAACAGGUGCUCAUGGAAGCACGUUGUGGGGUAAAGGAAGCGCCGUUCACGAGUACGUGGUGGAGUUGAGAAUCGUUACUCCUUCUGGACCUGAACAUGGCUAUGCCAAGGUUCGGACCCUUGACGAGUCUGAUCCCUCUCUCAAUGCAGCCAGAGUUUCUCUCGGGGUUCUUGGAGUUCUUUCUCAGGUUACCCUAAAAUUGGAGCCUCUCUUCAAGCGAUCCAUUACAUAUGUGACGAAAAAUGAUUCAGAUUUAGGAGAUGAACUUCUUACUUUUGGAACAAAACAUGAGUUUGCCGAUGUAAUGUGGUACCCAAGUCAGAAAAAGGCUGUGUAUAGAAUUGAUGACCGUGUACCUGUUAGUGCGAAUGGAACUGGCUUAUACAAUUUCUUCCCAUUUCGUUCCACACCCUCAGUAGCAUUAGCUGUUGUUAGAUCUACAGAGGAACUUCAAGAAGCUCUACAUGAUGCUAAUGGAAAGUGUAUUAGUGCGAAGUUGAUAACUGGACUGCUGUCAGGCAUUGCUUAUGGGUUGACUAACAAUGGUAUCUUUCGUGGAUAUCCUGUUGUUGGAUAUAGCAACAGGAUGCAAGCAUCAGGAACAUGUUUAGAUAGUUUUCACGAUGAUUUGAUUACAGCAUGUCCAUGGGAUCCACGAAUCAAAGGGGAGUUCUUUUUCCAAACUACGUUCAGCAUUCCCAUGUCUGAUGUAAAAAACUUCGUGGAAGAUGUGCAGAAACUUGUUGAGUUGGAGCCAAAGUCACUGUGUGGGUUAGAAAUGGAAAAUGGAAUCCUUAUGCGCUAUGUUACAGCUUCCAGUGCUUAUCUCGGAAAAUCAGAAGAUGCUGUGGAUUUUGACCUCACAUACUAUCGCAGCAAAGAUCCAUUGACUCCUAGGCUUUUCCAAGAUAUACUUGAAGAAAUAGAACAAAUUGGAUUGUUGAAAUACAAAGGAUUACCCCACUGGGGCAAAAAUAGAAACUUAGCAUUCGAUGGAAUAAUCAACAAGUACAAAAAUGCAGAUAAGUUUUUGAAGGUUAAAGAGGAGUAUGAUCCAGAAGGGAUCUUCUCGAGCGUGUGGUCGGACCAAAUGCUUGGACUGAAAGGUGGGGUGACAGUAGAUACGGAUGGGUGUGCCAUAGAAGGGAUGUGCAUUUGUUCAGAAGAUCGUCACUGUGCACCAAAGAAGGAUUACUUAUGCAGACCAGGGAAAGUUUUUAACAAAGCGAGGGUUUGCACUCAUGUUCGUAAGAAAACCAAAGAAGAAGAUGAUUUGAAAGACGAGCUCUGAAAACCGAGUUCAGAUUGUUCUCUGUUAAGUUUUGUUGUGUUAUUUUCUGCUGUCUCUCUAAAAUAUAUUAAUGUUGGUAUUUUAUAUUUUAAAGACACGACAGAUAAACAACUAAACAGAGAAUCCAAAUUACUAGGUUUCAAUAAAUCUGUCUUAUUACAUCCUGCAUCUCAAUAAAACUGAUGUCUGUCA